AUGAGCAUACUCACUCAGACACCAAACGAAGCGAGAACAUCGCCGGUAAUUCAUCCGCAUUUGCUGCAACAUCAUCAUUUGCAUCAUUAUCAUACGUUGCAACAUUAUCCGACGGCCAUCAAUAUAGCAGCAGCAGCAGCAGUAGCAACAACAACAGCAGCAGCAGCAACAUCACCGCAAACAUCAAGUCUUAAGCCAAAUCGUUCGCGUUUCAUGAUCAAUGAUAUAUUGGCUGGAUCAGCGGCAGCGGCUGCUGUUUUUUAUAGCAAACAGCAACAGCAGCACAACAAUAACAACAACAACAACAAUAAUAAUAAUAAUAAUAACAAUAACAACAACAACAACAAUAAUCUAAGCAAUGACAAUAAUAAUACCAGCAACAACAACAACAACAACAACAAUCAUCAUUUGGAACUUUUGGAGCCAAACAAUGUGGGAGGAUCAUCGAUAGCAACAUCACCCGGACCAGGGCAAGGACCAACAGCACAACAAUCCCUUCAUACGCUUCACAAUCCGCAUGCACCGCAUCCGCAUGGUCAUCCGCAUACGCCAACGCAUCAUACGCACUAUCCGCAUCCGCAUCCGCAUCCGCAUCCGCAUGCACAUGCCCAUCCACAUUCGCAUCCGCAUCAUACCAAACUAAAUGUGGCCCAAUAUGCCGCUGCCAUGCAACAACAUUAUGCCGCUGCAGCAGCAGCAGCUGCUGCACGUAAUGCCGCUGCCGCUGCAGCUGCGGUCGCCCAUCAGGCUCAAGCUCAGGGUCAACCCGUUGGCCCAGCAUCUUUGUCCCACCAUCAUCAUCAUCAUCAUCAUCACCAACAACAACAACAACAACAACAGCAGCAGCACCAACACCCACUUCUAUCAUCAUUGCCACCAAACUCAGCCGAAUUGGAUGACAGUAGCGACUAUCAGGAGGAGAAUGACGAUUGCGAUAGCGAUGAUCCUGGCAUGGGCAAUGGUGGAGGACGCGGCGGAGUUGGAGGCGGCGGUGAAGGCUCCAGCAUCGGUGGACACAUGGACGAUCACAGCGUUUGUAGUAAUGGUGGCAAAGAUGAUGAUGGCAAUAGCAUUAAGAGCGGCUCCACCAAUGAUAUGAGUGGAUUGAGUAAAAAGCAACGCAAAGCUCGCACCGCCUUCACGGAUCAUCAAUUGCAGACACUGGAAAAGUCCUUCGAACGUCAGAAAUAUCUAAGUGUGCAGGAGCGUCAGGAAUUGGCACACAAAUUGGAUUUGAGUGAUUGUCAGGUGAAGACCUGGUAUCAGAAUCGUAGAACUAAAUGGAAACGUCAAACAGCUGUGGGUCUGGAACUUUUAGCCGAGGCUGGCAAUUUCGCUGCCUUCCAGCGUUUAUAUGGCGGCUCACCGUAUUUGGGUGCCUGGCCGUAUGCGGCUGCUGCCGGCGCUGGGGCCGCUGCCGCCGCCGCUGCCGCCCAUGGGGCACCAUCGCAUUCGAGCAUCGACAUCUAUUAUCGCCAGGCUGCCGCAGCGGCUGCCAUGCAGAAACCUCUGCCCUAUAAUCUCUAUGCGGCAGCCGGGGUACCCUCAGCGGCUGCCCCCUUCUCUCAUCUAUCCGCCUCCAGUUCGUUGUCAUCGUUGAGUAGCUACUAUCAGAGUGCGGCUGCUGCGGCGGCAGGUGCCGGAGCUGUGGCCGUGGUCGGUGGUGGUGCCGCCGGCGGUGGUGCAGGAGCGGCUGGUCCGCCAAUUAGUCUUACACCUGGCAUGAAGCCAUUGACAUCGACACCGCCGUCGGUGACAGCAUCGCCACCACAUCCGCCCUCAACGCCCAGUCCCACAUUGAAUCCGGGCAGUCCACCCGGAAGAUCGGUGGAUAGUUGUUCGCAGGCUCAGUCCGAUGAUGAGGAUCAGAUACAAGUGUAAGCUGGACAAAUUGAUUGGAUUGAAGACAAUUUGCACAUAUCCUUAGCAGUCCAGUUUGAUGAGUGCAUGUGUGUGUGUGUGUGUAUGUGUGUAUAUAG